UAACCCGCUCCCCCCUUCUCUUCCUUGAACAGAGCUGCCAAAUUUCACAUCGAUGUCCUCCUUUUAACACCCAUCAUUCUCCAGUACAAUAUAACUUUUAUUGUUACUGCCCACUCUUCUCUCUAAACCCCUCUCUCUCCUCCCCUCCUCUGUUCCCCUGGUCUGUUUUUUUCUGGGUUUCAAUCCAAUUUCUCAUUUUUUUCUUCAAUUGGGUAGAACUUGGGGUGUGAAUGGGGAUUGAAACGGUGGCGCCCAAUCGCAAAGGCAGUAAGGAGUUUCUGGCAUUGGCGGAGGAGACGAAUUCGAAAAGCAAGACCAGGAAGGGCCGGCGACGUCAGCGGAAGAUGUCGCCGGUUCAGAAGCUGUACGAGACUUGCAAGGAAGUCUUUUCGUUUUGUGGGGCCGGGGUCAUUCCCCCGGCUGAAGAUAUCCAACGGCUAUCCUCUGUUUUGGAUGCCAUGGAGCCUGCUGAUGUCGGCCUCACUCCUGAUUUGCCGUACUUCAGGAUGACGGUAGCUAGACGAACCCCGGUUAUAACAUACCUGCAUCUUUACGAGUGCGAAAAAUUUUCAAUGGGGAUAUUUUGCUUGCCGCCUUCGGGUGUCUUACCGCUUCAUAAUCACCCGGGAAUGACGGUUUUCAGUAAGCUUCUGUUUGGGACAAUGCACAUCAAGUCCUACGAUUGGGUGGCUGGUGCCCCGGAGAAAACAUUGGCAAGUGCGAAUCCUUCACUAGUUGCACCGCCCGGUGUUCAUCUGGCUAAAGUUAAGGUUGACGCCGAUUUCACUGCUCCUUGCAAAACAUCCAUCCUCUAUCCAGCUGAUGGAGGCAACAUGCAUUGCUUCACAGCAGUGACAGCAUGUGCAGUGCUCGAUGUGCUUGGGCCCCCAUAUUCUGAUCCUGACGGCAGGCACUGCCAGUACUACCUUGAUUACCCAUUCUCUCGCUUCCCAGAUGGGGGAGUAUCGGUGCCGGAAGAUGAGAAAGAAGGCUAUGCUUGGCUUGAAGAUAUAGAGAAACCUGAGGACUUAGCUGUAGAUGGAGCCAAGUACAGAGGCCCAGAAAUACAGGAGAAUUGAUGAUCUCACCAAUCCAUCUAUCUAUAUCUCUCCAUCCUCAUUCCAUUUCAGUUGUCUGCAUCGCCAUACCGUUUUCCCCAUUCAUCCAUCCGCCGCCGCAUCACCAUCCUGUCGCUUUCAUUGAUGUCAUCAGUGGCUGCUGAUCAAUUCAGUGCCGCAAUAGUAGUGCUUUUGUUUCGUUAUGUUGGUUUUUUGUCAUGUUUUGUUCUUUUUUUCUUCUUUCCCUGUGGGACAUGAGGAGGCACUUGGUGCCCUUUUUUUUCUUCUUUCUACAGUUAAUGUACAUAUCUUAAAAAAAAAAAAAAAAAAAAGCAACAAAAAGAAGAGAAGUGUUAUUUGCACUGGAAAUUAGUGGAUGAAAGUGCAUUAGCACUCUUUUCAUA